AUGGCAGAACAUAAUGGGGAGUACAAUAAGGAGGUGGAAGAACUUAGGGAGCAUGAAUAUCCAAUGCUCAAAGACGCCGUUUACCUUGAUCAUGCUGGCACAACCCUCUACUCGAAGUCACUUUUGGAGAGAUAUAUGGUGGAUAUGAUGUCAAAUUUAUACGGGAAUCCGCAUUCAGCCUCAACAUCCUCUCAGUUGUCGACUUCGCGCAUCGAGAAUACUCGCCUGAGUGUCUUACGAUUCUUUAAUGCCGAUCCGGCGGACUUCGAUAUAGUAUUUGUAGCAAAUGCCACGGCUGGAAUCAAGCUUGUUAUGGACGCAUUCAGAGGUCAACCAGGUGGGUUCAUGUAUGGGUAUCACCAAGACUCGCAUACUAGUCUUGUCGGGGUGCGAGAGGAUGCUACUUCAAGCCGCUGUCUCGAUGAUGAGGCCGUAGAAAGUUGGUUAUCCGGAUCAGAACAUCCUAUAACAAAGAAACAUGAUUCUAAGGUUGGUCUUUUUGCAUAUCCAGCGCAAUCGAACCUAGAUGGUCGACGAUUACCAUUAUCAUGGCCAGAAAUGGUGCGAGGUCUUAGUUAUCAAGCUCGAUCAACCAGAUAUACAUUACUGGAUGCCUCUGCUCUAGUUUCUACUUCUCCACUAGACCUGAGUGAUGCUAGCAAGGCAGCAGAUUUUACGGUCCUUAGUUUCUACAAAAUAUUUGGAUUCCCUGAUCUCGGUGCACUGAUCGUGCGUAAAGAUUCUGGAGCGAUACUUCAAACGAGAAAAUACUUUGGAGGUGGCACUGUUGAAGUCGUAGUGUGUCUGAAAGAGCAAUGGCAUGCUCCAAAAGGACAGGCUUUGCAUGAAACUUUAGAGGAUGGCACUCUACCUUUUCACAAUAUCAUAGCACUGGAAGCCGCAAUAGAUGUCCACAGAUCGUUGUAUGGUUCUAUGGAGCGCAUUGCAAACCAUACCACAUUCCUUGCACGAAAGCUGUACGAAGGUCUAAAAUCAUUACGACAUGCUAAUUCCGAACCUGUGUGCACAAUUUAUUCUUGUGGCUUCUCCAACGAAACUUCCUCAGAGGUGCAAGGACCCACGAUAGCUUUCAACGUUAAAACCAGUUUUGGGGCGUGGGUGACUAAUGUCGAAUUUGAGAGGUUGGCUUCUAUAAGAAAUUACCAUAUUCGAACGGGCGGUCUUUGUAAUCCUGGUGGUGUUGCAUCUGCAUUGGAUCUACAACCGUGGGAGACGAAGAGAAAUUUCUCGGCUGGUCUACGAUGUGGUGGAGAGACCGAUGUCUAUGCGGGUAAGAUUACAGGGGUGAUUCGUGUGAGCUUAGGAGCCAUGAGUACGAUGAGCGAUAUUGAAUCGUUUCUUUUAUUUGUGGAAGAGUUUUUCGUGGACCAGACAGUAAUCGCCCCUACUGACGAGGAUAUUACAACUUCCAAGUUGGUUGACAUGUAUGUCGAAAGUCUUACAAUCUACCCGAUCAAGAGUUGUGGUGGUUUUGAGGUCCCGAAGGAAGCCGCCUGGGAAGUCAAGCCAGAAGGCCUUUCUUGGGAUCGCGAAUGGUGCCUUAUUCAUCAAGGUACGGGGCAAGCUUUAAGUCAAAAACGCUACCCUCGAAUGGCUCUUAUCAAACCAACAAUUGACUUUGAUUUGGGGUUGCUAAAAAUUAAAUAUCGAGGGUCAAAUUCCCCCAUUUUAGUAGAUGAGAUCAAUGUCCCCUUAUCAUCUGAUCCGAAGUUCUACCAGACUCCAAAUUACAUACACUCAUUAUCGUCGAGGGUUUGCGGAGAUGCUAUUGUGGCACGAACUUACUCUAGUCAUGAGAUUAAUGAUUUCUUCUCCAAAAUCUUGGGGGUAUCUUGUGCUUUGGCAAGAUUCCCUGCAGGCGGAAGCGGUCCUUCUUCAAGACAUGCAAAGGCUCACAUGCAGCAGCAUCAACAACCCAAACGUCCUGCCACGAAUGAUGAAUUGGGCCGUAACUCUUUCCUUGGCCCUUCCACACCACCAGAUUCUGACAGCGAAAGCCGAAAACGGCCAAUAUUGCUAUCAAACGAAAGCCCCAUACUUGCAAUCAAUAGGUCUAGUAUCAAUGUCCUAAAUGAAGAGAUAGCAAAGAGUGGCGGAAAGCUUGCUUUAGCAUCUGUCUUUCGAGGAAAUAUUGUACUAGCUUCAACCAAAUCCACUGAUCAUCAGCAGCCAUAUGGCGAGGAUCAUUGGAGUACCCUACGCAUUGGUUCAGAAACGUAUCAGAUGUUAGGGUCUUGUCGACGUUGUCAUAUGAUAUGUGUUGACCAGGAUACUGCGGAAAAGAACGAAGAGCCCUUCGUCACUUUGGCAAAGACACGAAGGUUUGAAUCCAAGGUUUUCUUUGGCUCUCAUAUGUGUCAUGUACCAUCCUUGUUGCCCUACAAGGAGCACCAAUUUCCAGUCAUCAAAGUGGGAGACAAAGUCUCAAUUGGGCUAUAA